UCUCCACCAAACACUAUUAUUGCUCUUAACUACUGUUGCGCUGUAAAAUAAAAUUUCCACACUCUUCUCUUCUCUUCACUUCAAUUCUUUCCCACCACUUUCUCCCCACACCAUCAUCUUCUUCUUCACUUCUUCAACAUAACAAAAAACAACAACUCAGCUAAUGACUCUCACGUUCCACAUUGUUGGGCACCCUUUUCGUAGAUCCAACUCCAAAAAAAUAACAACUUUCCUUCUUUUCAGUUGAAAAAAACUACUUCAUUUUUCUUAUUUCUUUUUUUAUAUUCCAAGAAAAGGUCUUUCUUUUUUGGUUUUUGUUUUUUGUUUUUUGUUUUAGUUUUUCAGUGGCAGCAAUGACGGAGGUGCUUCAUUUCUCAUCCUCUUCGUCGCCAGCCACUUCUUCUUCCGAUGGCAUUCUCCAAGAACCACCACCACCUUCUUCUGUGAGCGUGGUGGUGGAUGGGUUUUCUACGGUCACCGACUGUGACGCGCGCAGGGUCACGGUCACCGACAGAACGCACCAAGAGCUUUCUCUUCUGGCAAUUCUUGUGACCCUUUUGAGGAAAUCGCUGAUUGCUUGCAACAAGAGCGACGAGGGACAGGGCGCCAUGGAGAUUGGGUGGCCCACUAACGUGCGCCACGUGGCGCAUGUCACCUUCGACAGGUUCAAUGGCUUCUUGGGCUUGCCUCGUGAGUUCGAGCCCGAAGUCUCCACAAGGCCUCCCAGUGCUAGUGCAACUGUUUUUGGAGUUUCAACAGAAUCCAUGCAGUUAUCGUAUGACACGAGAGGGAACAGUGUGCCAACCAUACUGCUACUAAUGCAAAGGCACUUGUAUGCUCUCGGAGGGUUGCAGGCAGAGGGGAUUUUCAGAAUUAAUGCAGAUAAUAGUCAAGAGGAGUAUGUUAGGGAUCAAUUAAAUAGGGGAUUGGUCCCAGAAGAUGUUGAUAUACAUUGUUUGGCAGGACAAAUUAAGGCUUGGUUUAGGGAACUGCCUACUGGUGUUCUGGAUUCUUUAUCACCAGAGCAUGUAAUGCAAUGCCAGACUGAAGAGGAUUGCGCUGAACUGGCCGGCCAGCUACCUCACACCGAAGCUUCCCUUUUGGACUGGGCUAUUAAUUUAAUGGCUGAUGUUGCCCAAGAGGAACACUUGAAUAAGAUGAAUGCACGGAACAUCGCCAUGGUUUUUGCACCAAAUAUGACUCAUAUGGCAGAUCCUUUGACUGCAUUGAUGUAUGCAGUUCAAGUGAUGAACUUCCUAAAGAAUCUUAUAUUAAGGACACUGCGAGAGAGAAAGGAUUGUGUGGUAGAAUCGUCUCCUGGAUUUUGUUUAGAGCCUUCUGAUGAGAACGGGGACAGCAGUCUUCCGGAGUCCUGCCAGCAAGAUGAUGAUGUUGCUGCUGAAAAUGAAGAGGCCGGGGAAACCUUUGUUUCUGAGAAAACUGAAUUAGAAUGUUCGCCUGAGUCCCUCCAAAGCAAAUAUUCAACUGAAGGAGGAUGUGGCAGUUUGAUAGGCUCUCCUGAGAAUCUGGUUUGUGAGGAGGACUUGUAUUGUGAGUUUCCAUCCAAAGGAAACAUCGGGAAGAGUAAGAGUGUUCAAUCAAGUAAUUCCAGUUCUAAAAAGGGGUCCCAAAAAACCAGAGGCAUGCUCCAACCUGUGAUCCAUGCAACAGUGGCUGCUGAUAAAAAGGGUAUUAGCAAUCUGAGCCGCAUAGAUUCGAGAUCAGAGCGGAUAGAAGCCUGGCGGUGAAAGAAGAAUCACUGUGAUGGAGUGUAGUUUGAUUCUGAUUGUGCAUUGUAGUUGUAAGUUUGUUUCAAGGACAAGUUUGUGAAGUGGUUCAGAUUUUUUUCAUUUUCCUCAGUUUGUUUAACAUGUCUGAUUUCUAGAAUGACACUAUGAUAAACACUACUGAAAUAACAUUUCCCAUGUGUGUUUUACUUGUGUUCUCAACUACUCAUAAUUAUUCCUGAAUGACAGGCCAUUCACCUGUCAAUGUUGCAAUGUAUAAGUUAAUCA